UUUUCCAUUUUCCAUUUUUGAUAUUUCUUCGCUUCUAGUCUAGGGCUCGAACUUUACUCCUCUUACUUUGCGUUCUCAUCCUCUCAAUUUCCAUCUCACUUUAGGGCUUUCUUUCGUCUCUCUAAGCUCGCCUCUGCAAUUUCAGUCUCCAAUUCCAGGUUUUUCAAUUGUUUGUGGAGCUUUGGAUCUAGCUUAUUUGUUUGAGCUGGAUAUGUCCUCCACCUCGGUUCAUAUGGCCUAGGUCAAGAGUGAUGUGUGCUUGAGUUAUGGCGCUUAAAGUUCAUCCUUCCAAGGCAGCGGAGAUAGCCAUUGAGUCCAUUGGUCGGGGAUAUGACAUAACAAUAGAUCUAAGACUCAAGUAUUGUAAAGGGAAUUUACAUGGUUCUCGGUUGAUAGAAAUUGAUGAAGGUGUGGGUCAUGAGAUUGUUCUUCCUGGUGGGAUUUUAAUCUCAAAUGUACCCAAAUCAAUUAGGUGUGACAAAGGGGAGCGAACGAGGUUCAGGUCUGAUGUUCUCUCUUUUCAACAGAUGUCAGAGCAGUUUAAUCAGGAGAUGACUUUGACUGGUAAAAUUCCUUCAGGUCAUUUCAACACCAUGUUCGAGUUUUCAGGAUGUUGGCAGAAAGAUGCGGCCAAUACGAAGAACCUAGCUUUUGAUGGGGUCUUCAUUACCCUGUACACAGUUGCUUUGGAAAAAUCACAGAUGGUACUCUGCGAUCACGUAAGGAAAGCUGUGCCAUCAUCUUGGGACCCUGCUGCACUUGCAAGGUUUAUUGAAACCUUCGGCACCCACAUUAUUGUUGGCUUAAAGAUGGGAGGAAAGGAUGUGAUAUAUAUGAAGCAGCAGCAUUCGUCUACUAUUCAACCUUCUGAACCUUCUGAAGUGCAGAAGAGUUUGAAGGAGAUGGCAGAUAAAAGGUUUUCAGAGAACAUUGCACAAUAUGGAACGGGUUCUGAACGGAUUUACAGCAACGACAAGAUUGAAAUUAGGGAGCAACAUUUGAGGUUUGGUGAUGCUAGCUCUGCAAUUUCUCCACUCAAGGAUAUUGUACCCAUUUGCAAGAGAAGAGGUGGAAGCGACAGGAUUAGCCUCCCUCAUCAUGAGUGGUUGCAGACAGUUCAGUUGGAGCCAGACGUGAUAUCAAUGUCCUUCAUUCCAAUUACUUCUUUAUUGAAUGGAGUUCCAGGAAGUGGAUUCUUGAGCCAUGCAAUAAAUCUUUAUUUGCGAUACAAACCACCAAUUGAAGAGCUUCAUCAAUUUUUGGAGUUUCAGCUCCCAAGGCAAUGGGCGCCAAUUUUCAGUGAGCUUCCACUUGGUCCACAGCGGAAACAACACAAUUUGGCAUCUCUUCAGUUUAGCCUUAUGGGAUCAAAGCUUUAUGUGAAUACUACGCCUGUUGAUGUGGGCAGGAGGCCAGUUACAGGUCUCCGGCUUUAUUUGGAAGGUAAAAGAAGCAAUUGUUUGUCCAUCCACUUGCAGCACCUCUCCUCUUUACCCAAGAUUUUUCAACUUACGGAGGAUCCAAAUGGCAACGUCCGUCAGGAAUCACAUGAUCGCAGAUAUCUUGAAAAAGUUCAGUCCAAGUACUUUUCUCAUGUGUGCACUGCUCCUGUUGAGGCCGAUGAGGAUCUCUCAAUAGUAACUGGGGCACAGUUGCAGGUUGUAAAUCAAGGGAUGAGAAAUGUUCUGUUUCUGCGACUCCGCUUCUCUUCGGUUUUGGGAGCAACGGCUGUAAGGCAGCCAGAGUGGGAAGGUUCACCUGGACUGGCAGCCAAGUCUGGUCUUAUAUCAACACUAAUCAGUCAUCAUUUUUCAACAGUUAUGAAACCACCUCCAAAACCAGCUGAUGUGAAUAUAAACUCUGCUGUAUAUCCUGGGGGUCCCCCAGUACCUGUACAAGCCCCUAAGCUUCUGAAAUUUGUAGAUACCACAGAAAUGAAGAGAGGACCCCAAGAGACUCCUGGGUAUUGGGUUGUUUCUGGUGCAAGACUCAUGGUAGAGAAGGGGCGGAUCUCCCUUCGGGUUAAGUUUUCCUUACUAACUGUAAUAUUACCAGAUGAAGAAGAAAUCAAUGAUAAUUAGCUUGGUUUGUCCGAUGUCAAGUAUGAAUGGAAGUUUGCACAGUAAAGCAGGUGGGUGAAAACUGCCAAGAUUAUCGAGAAUCAGCAGCAGAUCUUAUAACCAAGGUUAAGGAUCACAAAUGCUAUGAAAAGGAGAAUUGGUAAGAGAGUUGGAUCCCUUUCUUUAGGACGAUAAUCCAAUUUAAGCCAAAAGGAAUGAAAGAACUCAAGGAAGAAGGGUGAGACAACGUCGGAUGAUUCUGCUGUGAAGGAGUCAUCUAUGUUGGUGUUGGUGAUGUAAUUUACUUUUUGCGUAGGUAUUACGAAUUCGACACGUUGGAGGUUUUUUUGCACGUUUGACGACGUAUUUGUACAUAACAUUUUCAGGUCUUCUGUGGAUAAGUAGAGAUUUCAAAUGUUUCUUGUGUUUGUAGCCAUGUAUGUGAAUGAGAGUCUUCAUAUAAACACUCGUUUUAAAUUGUUGAAUUUUUGAAGCUCUGAGAAACUUUUGAGCACUGAGUGAGGAAGAUGAUGUCGCAGGACUGUCAUAAUUUUCCUUGAAUUGCCUUUUCUUCAUUUUGGAAAGGUACGUUGUAAACUUACAUCCAUAAGAUAAAGUGAGUGCCGUAUAAUAUGUAUAUUUCAAUUCUA